UAUAAUGUUAGCAGGAAGCUGUGGUGUCUUUGACAAAAUUUUCAGAGGUGUGAUGAACACCCCUCAUAAGUAAAGCGUCUCUAAAGUACAUCAGCCCAGGAUGGAGAUAACAGUGCUCUGUGCUGUUGUUGCUUGUCUGAGCGUCCUUCCCAGCAGAUCCCAGUUCUUUAAGUAUGAGUCUGUUACUCUGAGCUGUGGGGGGAACUCUACUGAGUGGAGAGUCAGAAGAAACACUUCAAAAAACAUACAUGGACACUGUCCAUCCUAUUCAAAUGAAAGAAAUAACUCUACAUGUUUCAUUGAUAAUCUAUAUGAAUUAGACUCAGGAGUUUACUGGUGUGAAUCAGAAGCAGGAGAACGCAGCAAUGAAGUCAACAUCACUGUAACAGCUGGAUCAUUGAUCCUGGAGAGUCCUGAACAUCCAGUCAGUGAAGGAGACGAAGUGAAUCUUCACUGCAGAGCCGAGAAGUCUUUCUCCAAUCUAACUCGUUUCUAUAGAAACGGGGUGCUCAUUGGGAACAGCUCUACAGGAACCUUUAACAUCCAAAGUGUCUCUAAAUCUGAUGAGGGACUCUACAAAUGUAACGUCUCUGGAGUCGGAGAAUCACCAGAAAGCUGGUUGGCUGUCAGAGAACGCAGUCCUAAAACGCCUACUGCUCCCCUCGCACACAUACUACUUCCUGUUGUGGUCUGCUUUCUGUUGUUGAUCAUGCUGAUGUUGCACUGCCUCUGGAGAAACCACAAAGGUAGACUGGAUCGUUCUGUCUCCUACACUGAUGUAACCAUCUCAAUGGAAAUGAUACCUCAGAGAACUUCAUAUGUCUGUGAUGAGUCAACUUUUUAUUCAACACUACAACCAGUGAGAUGCUGAUAGCAGGAGAACCAGCAUGAUAAUUUAUAAAAAAUAUUUUAAAAAGUGCACAUAUAAUUGAUACUUGAUGAUGGACUGCAACGUAUCCCCAACAUUCCUGAACUCAUGAGCAGGAUGAGAGUUUACCUUUCCAAUGAUAAAGCUUUGUUAUUUUUUAGAAGGUUUUUUUGUCUAAAUCUAAAAACCUGAUAGAUUUUUCUGGAAUCAAUUAUUUGGUACGUUUUUAGAUGUUUCAAUGUUUUUGAUGUAUAUACUAAGUUAAAAUGUUAAGUGUCCUUUGACUUGUUUACAAUACUGUCUUUAUCAAUGUAUACCGUAUAAAUAGUAUGUCUAUGUAAAUAUUUACUGGUUGUUAAUUUUUUUAUUAUUUCAUAUCCUAUCAUUAUAUUUUACCCAUAUGAUAUCUGGAUAACCCCAUCAAUGGACGAACCUUCAUUGAAGCCAUUUUAUAUGUUUUUUUGUUUUUUGUUUUUUUUUUAUGAAUGUUUUAGCAUUUUUUAUAUAAUGCUUUAACGUUAAACAAGACAGUUGAACAGUUUUCACUGUAAAGUAGUCAAAAUUUGAUAUUUUUGUUGUUUUCUGCAGGCAUAUCUUCUUAAUGAUGUCCUCUCAAUUGACUUCAAAAGCCAGUGACAAAACUUCAACCAUUGUUGUAAACACAGAACAUUCAGUGAUAAAGUAAACUAGAAUAAACAAUUAUACUGUUGUACAGCUGUGGGAAUGUUUAAAACAAGCUCACUGCAGAGGAAGGAACAGAUGAUAUUCAGGAGGAAAAAAAAAUCUAUGUUUUCUGGAGAAAUAAGAGACACAGGGAGAUAAACUGGUUAAUUUUACAUUCUGCUGCAGUAUCACAGCUGCACACACCUGUCUGGUGCAAUUUAAAGCUUUAAGUAGACCAGGGGUCCGUUUCAAUAUGUAGGUUUAACAAACUCAGAUUGAAAUCCGCAACUCUAAAUUGAUCUAGCCUAACGUCGGGAACUCGGGCUUGGAUCAUCCUUCUGGAGGUCUCGUUGCUGCUAGUCGCUGCUCCUCUUCUCCUCUGGAUCUCUGGUACCGGCUAAGUUUCAAGCUGCAGAGUUUUGCUCCUCUGGACUUUACAUCUUUUUCUGACCUCAGACAGAACUUCACCAUAUUGUUGACUUACAUGCUCAUUAUCAUUCCCUGUUUUUGAGUUUCUGAAGUCACUAACCUGAGUCUCCAUCCCUGCAGCGUUUCCAGUGAGCCUGCCUCAGGUUAUGAGCAGCCUCACCACCUUUUUAAUAAACACCUUUGAAGUUA